CUCGGCCUGGAAGAGGGACGGAGGACAGGCACGGGGCACCAGGCAGCGGAAAAGAUGUGCUUCGGAGGCUCGCUUCUGAGCCAGCAGUGCAGCUCGGGCUGAGUUAAUGCGAUGGCGCACAGGUGGCUCUCGCUCCCGCCCAGCACAGCACAGCCACUCCCAGUCACCGCAGCAGAACGAGCAUGUGGCUGGAAACCAGGGGGCAGAGCCGGGCUUGGUGUGACCCUGAAGCCCAUGUGGUUCCCUUCCAGGGCCCUUCAGAGCGCUGACCUGCAUCCAGCCAGGCUCUCGCUGUGAAGAAGAGCAGGGUUUGCUUCCCUCCGUUCUGGCUGAUGGGAGCCUGGCUGAGUGAUGGUUGCUGGUCUUCUGUGCCUUUCCAGUGUCUCAAAGAUGAACUGCAAGACAGUCGAACUGUAUGGCUCCCUGCAUCGUAUCAUCAGAAGCAAGUGAGGACCAAGUGAGCAAAGAGACAUUUCCAAAUGCACAGAAUGCAAAAAGCACAGGGAAAACCAAGUAAAGAACAGGAGAAAAUAAUUCGGUCUUUCUCACAAUGUUGGAAAACAUCUUCUGGAAAGAUUCCAGAAGUUCAGAAAAGAGGAAGGCAAAUGGUCCAGGGUGUCACAAACUAGCAAAGGUUUGAUGAAAACAAUCAAUCAAACUGUAGAAACUCCAGAGACUGAGUGAAUGUGCAGCAUGUUGAAAGAGAUCCAUGCAGGAAUCUCGCUCACCAUCUAGCUCUGCAGGACGCAGGUGAACAGGUCUACCAUGGAAGGAGUCUCAAAGAGCGAGAACUGACUUAAUGAGCAACAGUGAUCCAACAACUGAGUAAGCCCUCUGUAAUCAUGGAAUGUAGGGAGAGCUUAAGGGCGGGUGAAAGGCUUCCAGAGGAUGGAGGAGCCCAGUCUGGAGAGCAGCUAUAUACAUGCAUGGAAUAUUCUAAGACCUUCAGUGAUCCAGGUGAUGUUUCUAGAUGCCAAAGAAAGCACACUGAGGAGAUAGCAAGGAAAAGCAAGGAAUGUGGAAAGAGCUUCAGUGGGAGUGGAGAUCUUAGAAGGCAUCAAAGAACCCACACUGGAGAGAAGCCAUACAAAUGCAUGGAAUGUGGAAAGGCCUUCAGAUGGAGUAGAGGCCUUACUCAUCAUCAAAGAACCCACAAAGGGGGGAAACCAUACACAUGCAUGGAAUGUGGAAAGACCUGCAGUCGGAGUGCAAAUCUUAUACUGCAUCAACGAACACACACUGGAGAGAAGCCAUUCAAAUGCAUGGAAUGUGGAAAGAGCUUCACUUGUAUUGGAAAUCUAAGAAAGCAUCAAAGGACGCACACUGGAGAGAAGCCAUACAAAUGCAUGGAAUGUGGAAAGACCUUCAGUGGGAGUGGAGGUCUUACUCAUCAUCACCAGACCCACACCAGGGAGAAGCCAUACACGUGCAUGGAAUGUGGAAAGAACUAUAGUCAGAGGAGAUGUCUUAUACUGCAUCAAAGAACGCACACUGGAGAGAAGCCAUACACAUGCAUGGAAUGUGGAAAGGGCUUCAUUCGGAAUGGGGACCUUGCUCAACAUCAAAGAACCCACACUGGAGAGAAGCCAUACAAAUGCAUGGAAUGUGGAAAUGCCUUCAGUCGGAGUGCAGCCCUUAUUCGACAUCAAAGGACCCACACUGGAGAGAAGCCAUACACAUGCAUGGAAUGUGGAAAGAGCUUCAUUUGUAGUGGAAAUCUUAGAAAGCAUCGAGGAACCCACACAGGGGAGAAGCCAUACACAUGCAUGGAAUGUGGAAAGAGCUUCAAUCAGAGGGGAUAUCUUAGAAAGCAUCGAAGAAUCCACAGUGGAGAGAAGCCAUACAAAUGCAUGGAAUGUGGAAAGACCUUCAGUGGGAGAGGAGAGCUUACUCAACAUCACAGGACCCACACUGGAGAGAAGCCAUACAAAUGCAUGGAAUGUGGAAAGAGCUUCAGUGGGAGUGGAGAGCUUACUCAACAUCACAUGACCCACACUGGAGAGAAGCCAUACAAAUGCAUGGAAUGUGGAAAGGGCUUCAUUCGGAGUGGGGACCUUUCUCAGCAUCAAAGAACCCACACUGGAGAGAAGCCAUACACAUGCAUGGAAUGUGGAAAGAGCUUCAGUAGGAGUGGAAAUCUCAUACGGCAUCAAAAAACCCACACUGGAGAGAAGCCAUACAAAUGCAUGGAAUGUAGAAAGGCCUUCAGUGGGAGUGGAGACCUUACUCAACAUCACAGGACCCACACAGGGGAGAAGACAUUCACAUGCAUGGACUGUGGAAAGGCCUUCAGUCAGAGGGGAUAUGUUAUACUGCAUCAAAGAAUCCACACUGGAGAGAAGCCAUACAAAUGCAUGGAAUGUGAAAAAGCCUUCAGUCGGAGUGCAGCCCUCACUCAACAUCAAAGAACCCACAUGGGGAAGAGGCUCUGCAGAAACAUGCUGUGAGCAAGGAAGGAAU